CCUUACCGUGACAUCCUUUUACCAGAGAAAUUCCUCCGGCGCAUUUCAUCCGACAUCAUCACUUCCAAGUUUUUGAAGCAGAUCGUCAGUUUCUGAAGGGACGAGGCCUUUUUUGUGCUCGAGGGUCUGCAGAAAAUCUCUCCCUGACGCUUAUCAUGGUUCUACUACAGCUUGAUCCAUUCCUCAAUGAACUCACGAGCAUGUUCGAGAAAAGCCAAGAGAAGGGCUCUGUAUGGGUUACACUCAAAAGAUCGUCUCUGAAGUCUAAGUUGCAGAAGAGGAAGCUGAAUGCAGCUGGAGAAUCCAUAGAAUAUAGGUGCCUUAUCCGAGCAACUAAUGGCAAGAAAACAAUUUCUACUUCGGUCGGGGCUAAGGAUCAUCAAAGAUUUCAAGCAUCAUACGCACUUAUCCUCAAGGCUCACAUGACAGCCUUGAAGAAGAGGGAAAGGAAGGACCGGAAAAAGUCUACGGAAGCAGAGAAGAAAGAAGACAAUUCAACUUCUUCUAAACCUAAGAAGCUCUGAAAGUUCAUAUCCAUCUUUGGUCCUAUUAUGUUUUCACAUUGAUUUGCAAUCACAUGGUCUGAUGGAUCUUCUCCUCCCCAUUCCCUUGCUUUUGGGUCAUAUACACAUUUGAGAUUUUGCUGGAUUUUGGAAACAUGUAAUCAGACUUUGGCUGCUCUUUUUUUCUAGUGUU